GCCAGUUCCUCGAGAGUGUUACGGCGGAGAUUAGCGGAACGGGAUCUCAGCUCAACCCAGAGGCCCAGCCCUUCGUGCCUGGUCUGAUCACCGACUUCUUCACGCUAGACAGCCACAUCCACACCUCGGCGACGACCCCGCGGGACGCCAGACUCCACGCGAAGCUGGGCAAGCUGCAGAGCUGCUCCGACGACCAGGCUAUAGGGACGGCCGAGGCGAACCACGUGGAGCACGACGGCCAGGACAGCGAACGCGGCACUGGCGGGGGCAGCAUGUUCAACCCCACCAGACCCCACGCGAAGCUCGGCGAGCAGCAGAGCCACGGCGGCCAUGCGGCAGAGCGCGCGGAGCUGGCCGAGAUGUGCCACGGGGAGUUCGACGGCCAGGGCGGCGAGCACGGCGCUGGCUUGGGCAGCGGGUGCAGCCCCGCCGGACUGCACGCGGAGACGCCGGGCAAGCUGAAGCUGCAGCGCUCCGACGGCCGCGACGCGGAGCACAGGGGAGGGGGGCGCUUCGACGUCCAGGCCGCGGAGACGGCCGAGACGCACCACGCGGCUCGCGACGGCCAGGGCGGCAAGCGCGGCGCUGGCGGGGGCAGCAGGUACAACCCCGCCGGACUGCACGCGGAGCGCUUCGACGACCAUGCCGCGGAGACGGCCGAGACGCACCACGCGCAGCAAGACGAGCAGGAGAGCGAGCGCGGCGCUGGCGGGGGCAGCGGGUACAACCCUGCUGGGCUCCUCGCCGAGCUGUGCAGGCCGCAGAACUACGACGACCAGGCCGCAGGGACGGCCGAGGCGCACCGCGCAGAGCACGACGGCCAGGAGAGCGAGCAUGGCGCUGGCGGGGGCGGCAGGCAUAACCCCACCGCGCUCGGUGUGGAGCUGGAUGGGCAGCGGCAGGGCCACGGCGGCCACGUCGCGGAGGCGCUGCGGCUGACGGAGGCAGGGCCAACAGCCGGCGCUUGCGCAG